AUGGAUCGGAGGAGGAUCAGAGUGCUCCUCGUGGAGGACGAGGAGAUCCACAGGGUUGUGGCAAGAGCGGUGCUGAGGGCGGCCGGCGUCGAGGUGGAGGAGGCGGAGAACGGCGCCGAGGCGGUGCGGCGCGUGCGGGAGAGCGGCGCCGGUGGCGGCAGCGGCGCGUACAACAUCAUCUUCACGGACAAGCAGAUGCCAGUCAUGGACGGCCACGAGGCGACGAGGCAGAUCAGGGCGAUGGGGGUGGCGACGCCGAUCGUCGCCGUGUCAAGCGACAGCCUCCCGCCGGACGUCCAGGCGUUCAUCACCGCCGGCGCCAACGACUUCACGCCCAAGCCGCUGACAAAGGAGAAGCUGGGCCACAUUCUCGCCAAGUUCGGGCUUGCAUAA